AGUUGUUCGACAAAAGCAAAAGAUUAGACUGGAUUUGACUGUACGCGAGUGAAGAUGUUGUGGAUCACUCGGUUGUUGGUGCUGCUACUGUGGCUGGUGCUGACCUUUGGUCAGCUUGGUGUCCCUGCACAGCCCCAAUCGCAAGCACAGGCCCGGUACGACCACACGCGCAUUUAUCAAGUAGAGCUGGCGAGUGCCGAUCACGUGCAACUUUUCCAGGCGUUGGAGCUGGCAAGCGAUUCGUGCUCGUUCAUGGGCCAUGCCCGAGUGCCGGGACAGAAACUGACGAUCAUGGUGACCUCGCACAAGGCGGCCGACUUCGAUGACCUGUUACAGAGCUACAACGUGAGCCACCGCAUCCUGAACCACAAUUUCCAGGCUCUGAUCGAUGCCAACUACCGCGAGGUGGCACCCGAGGGCACUCCGCCAGAUCAGUUCGACUGGAAACGCUACUUCCAACUGGACAGCAUCUACGCCUGGCUCGAGUUUCUGGCCCAGCAGCGGCCAGAGGUGGUCACCCUGGUGGAUCUGGGGGCUAGCACCCAGGGACUCCCCAUCAGAGGUGUGAGGAUUGCCUUUGGAGGGGAGAAUCUUACCAGCGUCUUUGUGGAGAGCGGGAUCCAUGCGCGCGAAUGGAUCGCCCCGGCCACGGCCACGUAUUUCAUCGAACAGCUUCUGAACUCCAAGGAUGCAGCUGUGCAGACGCUGGCCCGCUCCCAGAACUGGGUGAUCUUUCCCACAGUGAAUCCAGAUGGCUAUCGCUACACGUUUAAGGGCGAUCGCAUGUGGCGCAAGAACCGCUCUCUGUUCGGAAUAUGCCGGGGUGUGGAUCUGAACAGAAACUUUCCGUUUCACUGGAACGCGACGGGGGCCAGUGGCGAUCCCUGUCGCUACGACUACUCCGGACCGUCGGCGGGCAGCGAGGUGGAGACGCAGCGCAUCGUUCAGUUCCUAGAGAAUCGCAUCCAGUCGGAGCGGAUAAGGACCUUCAUUUCCCUGCACAGCUACUCCCAGCUGAUCAUGUUCCCCUAUGGCCACACGCCAGAGCGAGUGGAGAACUAUCAAGAUCUGAAGGAGAUCGGACAACUGGCAGCCCAACAGAUCAAGAAGCAGAGUGGACGAAUCUACAGGAGUGGCAGCAUCUACGAGACCAUAUAUCCCUCUAGCGGCGGAUCCAAGGACUGGGUUCAUGGUCAUCUAAAGGUGCCCAUUACCUUCACGUACGAGCUGCGCGGACCACCGGACAGCGAGGAUCUGUUCAUUUUGUCCGCUGGUGAGAUUGAGUCCACGGCCAGCGAAGCCUUUGCCGCACUGCAAACGAUCGUGGAGGAGGCUGGCAAACGUGGCUAUUACCAGUGAGAGCCACUACAGAUCCCACUCCAAGCAUCAGCAGCAGGCAGGCAGCAGCAGCAUCGCAUCUGAUGAUGAUGAUAAAUGUCGUCUGGCCUGGCAGUUCACAUGAAAAACACAUUACGCGCCAGCCAGCGUUUCUUAAUGCUAAAUAAUGAUGGCAAAAUCAUGACACAAAACCUCAUAAUAAUGUUGGUAAAUCAAAGCAAAUAUAGCCAGAGACUCGAACGAGCAGAGCAAAGCCGUAUGCCUUAUGCCUUAUGCCUUAUAGAAAUACAAAAUACUCGUAGUUGCAACUUGCAACUAUUACAGUUACGAUGCCAUUGUUAUUGUAUUGUACACUUGCCACGGCCAUGUGGUCCCUGGAUGGGGCCUAUCCAUUCAAAGAUGGAUGCGGCUUGUGGUGCGGCUGAAGGUUAGAUCUUCUAGUAUGAUAUUUAUCAAGAACAGGAUAAGGCAAUAAAUGUGUCUAUAGAAUUGUGUUUGGCGUGGGAAACGCGAACAGUUGAUUGUACUUAAAGGGAAGUCCAUUCAAGUAUCUCAUUAGUUUGUUUAGUUCUUUCAAAUAAGUUGGAUAGAGAUUGCUUAAGAUGAUGAGUGCGAGAGAUAUACAUAUGUACAUAUGUAUGUAAUUCUAAACAUUCUAUUGACAGAUAGUUAAAAUAAUGAUUAAUAUAUUUGAUGGGAGUGUUUAUACCUUAAAGACAAAUCUGUUUUCAAAGAUAAUGUUCAAAUUCGAAGAAUUUAUUAAGUCUACUUCGAGGGAAUUUCUUGAAAAAUAAAAGAUAAUACGAGGACAGCUUAUGAUGCCAUGUGUAAAGCAAAAGUAGGAGGAAGGACAAGUAUUUUGACACAGACUUAAUCCAGGCUGUGAUCUGGAGAUUUCCUGGAAGUUUGAAUCAGCCUGAACUUUGAUAGUCUUUGAUCCCAUGUCCCAUAUUCGUAGAGUAUCUUUCGGUUAGCAAAAAAGUGUAUAAAUAGUGCGUCCUAGCUGCAAGAGAUUUUCCAGCACCAGAACUCUGGCAGCCGACAGGCAAGUUAUGAACCUGUGCAGCCCCGCGACAGACAAUAUGCAUGUUGCACACACACACACACACACACUGAGAGACAACUGCAACAUGCGACUAGUAACACGUUACUGGUGCUGCCGACAUAGCAGACUUGUUGACGGCAAUUGUCGGGGCCUUUUUUGUAUUCUUUUUCGUUUCUGCUUUUUGUUGUAGUGGCUUAUGCCAUUAUAAUAUAUAGUUAGUCUUAUUGCUGUCUGUCUUUAUGGAGAGGAGAGCUAUGGCAGCCACACACAUGUCAGACAUUGGCCGGUUAAUAAUGUUGCUCCCGCCGCCGUGGCUGAGGCCGCGGAGAUGACGAUGCCUGCCGCAAUGUUUGGCGGAGAUAGAUAUUGAUGUUGGCCAUAAUCACGAUCUAAUUUAUUUACAAAUUUGUGUUGAAAUCAUACGUUCAAAGUCGUGUUUAAAAAGGUUCUGGCAUGAUUUAUGCGAGCGUUGAAAUCCACCAGCAACAAAUACCAGCAACAAUGGAAAUUCCAAUAGCAGCACACAAAUUUCUCACAGUCCCGCGGAUCGUUUUGGAAAAUUUGCUUCUUCUGCCUUGAUGUGGACCCUAAUUGAUUGGCCAAGUGGCAGUGGUGGAAGAGCAGCCGCAGAGAGAGUGCAGGAGGGGUGCUUGUAAUAGUGCUGGAAACCAGGAACCAACCGCUUUUGAGUUAGCUAAUUUAGAUUUAUUGCGCAAAUCGCAACUUGAUGCGUGAUGCCGCCAAGACAUGGCCCACAGUCGCCUCUCCCUAGUCUUCCUUCGCCAGCAACAGUAACAGCAACAGCACCAGCUACUCCUCCGCCUCCUCCUCCUCCUCCGCUAUAAUCCGGGUGUUGCAUGUGGCCAUUUGUCAUCGGGCGAGGAUCGUGUGCUGCAGCUGCGAUUUCAGUUUGUUUCAAACAGGCACGAUGUAAAAGCCCCCAACAUGAAUCUCUUUCUCUCGCGCUCUCGCUAUAAUCUCGGAAAUGUUGAUAAAUUGAACGAUUGUUGAUUUUCACGCUGCCGCUGCCAUUGCCCUGGUCCCUGUGCCUUUGGGGCCGGGCCGUGUCACAGUGCCAUAGUGCUUGGAAAUAAACAUAUCAACAUGAUAAAUAAGAGGCCCAUAAGCGAGCCAGGUUAUCAGCGGACAGCGGACAAGCGGACAGUGGGACACCGGACACAGAGUCCCGGCUACACGCUAACCGAAGGACAACCUCAUAAAUCAGGCAGGCUCUUUCUCGAAAAAAUGAACAAAAUGUGAGCAGUUUUAAUCGCUGAUUUCCGCUUCAUAAGAAAUGGAAAUAAAGACAGACAGCGAGAAUCGCAAGUAAUUUAACAACAAAAAACUCGACAAAAAUAAAGAGAAUUACAAAUAAAGGUAUAUUCAAAACUGGUUUACUGGCAAAAGAGACGCGCAAAGGCACACACUCGAGACUUUGGACAGUCGAAACUUUUUGGGGCAACCCUCGCUUUCUACACUGCACUGCACAAAAAGGAGACUCGAUCCGACGGCUGCUUCUUCUCGGUUAAAGUUAAAUUAUCUUCUGAUGGUUUAUUGAAUUUAUAGGGCUUUGUGUGUUUCUAGUUUGUUUUGUUUGUUGUAUUUACGGGCGACUCGGAUUAGUCGCUCAUUUGAUGAA